AUGUGCGCCGACUUCAAGCCCCUCAACAAGAUUACAGUGAAGAAGAAGUUCCCGAUGCCCAGAGUGGACGAAAUCCUUGACCGCGUACAGGGGCCGGCGGUAUACUCAGCAUUUAACUUCGCUGAGGCCUUCUUGCAUAUCCCUAUUCACCCGGAGGACAGGCACAAAACGGCGUUCCACACCCGCACGCGCAAGCUGGAGUACACUUUUAUGCCAUUUCGCCUCGUGAAUGCACCUGCCGAACUGCAGCGGCAAGAGCACCUGCAGCACCUCCGGCGGGCGCUGCAGCUACUACGUGAGAACCACUGGUUCGUGAAAGCGCAGAAGUAUUCGUUUUUCAUGCAGACAAUCAGUUUCUUAGGAUUUUGUGUCUCUGCAGCAGGAGUUGAACCAGAUCCGGCUAGGAUCGAGGCGAUUCAGCGGUGGCCGCUAGCGCUGUACACGCGGACGGACGUUCAGAAGUUCCUCGGGCUCGCCUCAUACUAUCCCAAUUUCAUUCCUGGAUUCGCUCGCAUUGCUGCCCCUCUAACUGAUUUCCUCAAGAAAGAGAAGCAGUUUAUUUGGACGGAGAACGAGGAUGAAGCCGCCUGA